CCGCAUUAUACUUGGCAAGGAUGUAUGGGAAAGCUCUUUGUUUGCCACUGUUUCCCUAAAAUCAGUGGGAAAACUUUCCAAGGGCACACAGUUGUAGAACGAUGGACACGUCGGAGGUGGAGGAAUUGCUGUCUCCAACUAAAGAGUUUCUACUCACAUACUUUUUGCCAGAGAAAUGUUACGACUACUUUUUUGUCGACUUAAACUUUCUCCACGUGCCAUGCUGGAAGAUAGUUCUGAGCAAAACUGUGGGAGUGUGGAUCAUUCUUGGGACUGUAAUGGCACAGCUCCCUCAGCUGUGGAAGGUACUGAGGGCCAGGAGUGCAUCAGGGAUUAGCUGGUGGUCUGUCCUACUGCAGGUCUAUGCCAUCACAGGUCCUGUGGUCUACUGUAUCACCAACAACUUCCCCCUUGAAGCUUGGUCAGAGAGACUGUUCAUGUUUAUGCAGGGUUUGGCCAUGGGCUUCCUCAUUCAACACUACAGUGGUAACACCCUCAAAGGUAUAGUAUUCAUCUUGGCCUACGGUGGUGUUAUGUUGCUCCUGACCUCUCCUCUGGUCCCUGAACACGUCAUCCCUGCGAUGCAGGCCUCCAGCAUGCUGGCUGUUGUUGCUAGCCGAGUGAUCCAGGCAGGGACUAACUACUACCAUGGCAACACGGGCCAGCUGUCAGCUCUGUCUGUGUUCCUGGUCUUCACUGGCUCCCUGGCUCUUAUCUUCACCUCUCUACAGGAAACUCGAGACUGGAGCUCUGUCUCUACUGUGACCCAUGUAGUGGCUGCCUGUCUCAGCUGCCUGCUCCUGACCCAGGUGGUUUGUUACAGGAAUAGCCGUACUAAAGACAAGACAGAGUAGUGGUCAACCACAAUUCAAUCCAAGGACCCGCUGUUAUAGUAAAUGGGAUACAUUUUCUAGGUUAUUUCAAUCAUUAUAUUGUGUGUGUAGUAUGGCAAAGUUUGUUCAAUUUCAGGUCACAUAAUAAAAUAUAAUGCUCUAUAAACUAUAUUACUAUAUAAAUGGUAUAUAUAUAUGUACUUCCAGUAAUUGCGUUGUGGCUCGGAGACCAAAGUGUACUGUGAUUCUCAUGCCUAGCUUGGGGAAAGCUGCUGCAGAAGUGUGAUAUCUUCCCUUCUUUUACAGAUACAUUUUUGCGUCUCCAUUGGCUCAUAUAUGGGGAUUGGGUUAUUGAAUUUGUUCAAUUUUGUUAUUAAUAAAACUUUUGAAUAUAUUGUCGUACAGCAGGGUCGUUCCACAAAUAGAAUGCCUUUUGAGUCCCUUUGAUAUUUUAAGUAUAAAUUGUGCACCAAUAUUACUUUUGAAUACGCCUGUUUUUAUUAAAUGAAGUGCCUAAUAUGAACCACAGAAAAUUCAAGAAAUCAGUUUAAAGAAUAAAGAUGUGCUAAAGUGCAUGUUUUUCUGACUUCAAUGAGGAUUUUUAUCCUACUCAACCCCUAAAUUCGCUCUGGAUAAGAGCGUCUGCUAAAUGACUUAAAUGUAAAUGUCUUAAGAUCAUUGCAAAGCAGUAGUUAUUUUGUUGCUUUGACUGUAUUGUCUGAAGAUAAUUAUUCAUUUAAUGUGAUUAGUGAUUCAUUUACGUCUGUUCCUCAUUUUAAGGUCAACCCUGUUAACAUGAACUGAAAUCUUGUUUUAAUAAUAAAAUGGUUUCAAAAGUAA